AUGGUGGGUGUAUCGAGCUACGUGCCGCCUACAGCGGCGCGCGCCGAUGUGCUAGAGCAAGAUGCACGCGCCGCCGUAUCUAAGCUGAUUGCACAUGUGGCACAGGAUGCUGGUUUCGAGGGCACACGCCGCCGCGCACUGGACCGCUUCGAGGGACUGGUCGAUAUGUUUGUCAUGACGCUGCUGUACAAUUGCAUGCGAUAUAACCAAUUGGUCAACAGGAAUUAUCCAACGAUCCAUGAUGUCAUGGAUACGUUGGAAGGCCUGGGGAUAUCUCUGGAGGAAUUGGGUGCAUUUGCGAGUCGGUUGCGGGGGCAGACUGAGCAACGGUGUCGAGUGCAUGUGGCUGAACCGAAGCGUGGUCAUGAGGCAUGGGAGAGCCCUAGCUCCUCUUUUCUCCCGUCUGAAGACGAGGGUGACGAGAGCGAAAGUCAGACCACAACUUGGGCUACUCUCAUGCAUGAUAUUAUUCCAGACCACUUACCUCCCGAGCCACCGCGUCACUGUUGGAUGUUUACGCCCGUGUAUGCAACCGAAAUGCUGUCCGAUAUGCCCGCGCUCCAGCUCGUGAAUCGAAAGUUGGAUAACGCACGCUUGGUGGAAUCGUCGCUACGGAAGCUUAUCAAGCAUACGGAUGCUGCUGCACCGCCAAAAUUAUGGACGCCCCCCGACCCCACUCGCUCUGACGAUACCAUGGCACGGCCGAAAGUGCAACCAGCCCAAGCAGUGGGAGAUGACUCGAUCAUGUCGGUCGAUGAGCCUGAUGCAACUGUCCAUGACAUGCCACUCACCACAACACUCGACAACGUGGGUCGCUCUGAUCCAUCGCGACGCGUGCUACCGCGCGCCGUGAAUUAUAAAGCAGCAUGGUACACUGCGACCUCUUCUACGGACAGCAAAUUGCCCACGGCUAACUUGUACACUGCGCGACUGCGUGGAAAUAUGGACGAAUCGGCCCGGCGUACACGUCGAUACAUAGUGCCCACAUAG